AUGCUGCUUGAACAAUCCUUAGCGGCUCUUUCCUUGAGCACUGUGAACGAGAACGGUCUUCCUACGAAGACUGUAGUAUUCAAGCCGAAGACUGCCAAGACUGCCACCCCUAUCCCCAUUGUCGUCUUUAGACUCGAGACUACCACUGCUCCCACUGGAGCGAUCGCGGCGGCUGCCAAGGCCAAGGAACCUAGAACUGCUUCAGAUGAUUUGAUUGCGGAUUUCUUCGGUACCACUAAGGAAGAAUUCUCUCUCGCGUCUCUUUCCCUGAAGAACGUUGAUGAGAAAAAGAUCGUUUUGUUAAUCGACGCCAACUUCAAGGACACCGAUAUUGUUGAAUUGGCUACUGCUUCCUCCAAAGUAGCUGUGCCUUUCAAAACUCUUAAGGAAUGGAUUGAAGCAUCCAAAUUUGAGUAUGAGGUGGUUGAUUUUUCAGCUACCGCAGCCCCUGCCCCCAAGAAGUCCGUAAAAGCGGAAAAAGAAUCUGCCAAGUUGGAAGAUGCCAAAUUGAUUGGCAUUACCGUUGACAAACUCAAAGAUUUUUCCAACUGGUAUUCACAGGUUUGUGUCAAGGGUGAAAUGUUGGAUUACUAUGACGUAUCUGGGUGUUACAUUUUACGUCCUAACUCUUACUAUGUCUGGGAAACCAUCCAAGACUGGUUCAACCAACAUAUCCGUAAGAUGGGUGUCAAAAACGCUUACUUCCCCAUGUUCGUAUCCCAGAAAGUUUUGGAGAAAGAAAAAGAUCACAUCGAAGGUUUCGCUCCAGAAGUGGCAUGGGUCACCAAGGCUGGUUCUUCUGAUUUGGAAGAACACAUUGCUAUCCGUCCUACUUCUGAAACCGUCAUGUACCCCUAUUAUGCUAAGUGGGUCCAAUCGCAUCGUGAUUUGCCCCUUAAAUUGAACCAAUGGAACUCGGUGGUAAGAUGGGAGUUCAAGCACCCUCAACCGUUCCUCAGAACAAGAGAGUUCCUUUGGCAGGAAGGCCACACUGCUCAUUUGACUCAACCCGAGGCUGCUGAAGAAGUUGAGCAAAUCCUCGAAUUGUACAAGCGUAUCUAUGAAGAGUUGUUGGCCGUGCCUGUGAUUCCUGGUCGCAAGACUGAAAAUGAAAAAUUCGCUGGUGGUGAUUACACCACCACUGUCGAAGGCUUUAUUGCUGCCACUGGUAGAGGUAUCCAGGGUGCCACUUCGCACCACUUGGGACAAAACUUCUCGAAAAUGUUCGAGCUUCUGGUUGAAAGCCCGGAAGGUGGUAACAAGCCCCGGAUGUAUGCAUACCAAAACUCAUGGGGGUUGUCUACUAGAGUUAUCGGUGUCAUGAUUAUGACUCAUUCGGACAACAAGGGUUUGGUGUUGCCUCCCAGAGUUGCUCAAUAUCAAGUUGUUGUGAUUCCGGUAGGUAUUACAGCCAAGUCGACUCCUGAACAGAAGGCGUCCAUCAAUGAGGCAGCAAAGAAUAUUGAAUCUCGUUUGGACGGUGCUGGCGUUCGUGUGACCGGUGAUUACAGAGAGAACUACACUUCUGGUUGGAAAUUUGCUGAUGCUGAACUCAAGGGUAUUCCCUUGCGUGUCGAAUUCGGGCCUAAGGAUGCAGAGAAGCAAGUUUGUACCGUUGUUAGAAGAGACACUGGUGCCAAGACUACUGUUUCUUUGGCCAAUUUGGAGGACGAAAUCAAACAAAUUUUGGACACCAUGCAAAAGGAAUUGUUGGAACGUGCUCGUAAGUCUUUCGACGAACACAGAGUGGUUGUCACGGAAUGGAAAGAUUUUGUCCCCACUUUGAACGCCAAGAAUGUGAUUGUUGCUCCCUGGUGUGGCGACGCUUCUUGUGAAGAUGAUAUUAAAGAUUGUUCGGCAAGAAAGGACAAUGGUGAGGAAGAAGAAGUCGAUGAGAAGGCUCCUUCGAUGGGCGCCAAGUCGUUGUGUAUUCCCUACGACCAACCGAAGUUGAAUGAGGGUCAAAAGUGUGUCAAGUGUGACAAAGUGGCGACGACUUACUGCAUGUUCGGCAGAUCUUACUAA